UUAAAUUGUUUCCACACCUCUCUUGUUACUUUGGUACCCCCCCUCAAGUCCAUUUAUAUCCAUCUAUAUAUAGUGAACAUAUUCAUUGUUCAACUAUCCUUAUCCUCUCCAAUUCUAUAAAUAUUUUGAUAUUAAAACCAAAUUAGUGUAACCAAUUUUUGUAAAGAAACAUAAUAAUUAAUAUGGCUUCUAGUGGUGAUCCUGAGUACAAAUCAUCUUCAACACCUGUUCCGGGUUCGGGUACGGGUACGGGUUCGGGCGGUGUUGAUUACUUUAAAUUUGAUUUGAUACUCAGGUUUUUGUUGUUUGCAGCAUCAUUGGUAGCAGUUGUUGUGAUGGUAACUGGAAAUCAAACAGAGUAUAUUCCUCUGCCACGACCAGCCAAGUUCAGAUACUCACCGGCCUUUGUAUAUUUUGUGGCUGCAUUCUCUGUUUCUGGCCUUUAUGGUAUCAUUACAACUCUUGCAUCACUCUCUGCCAUCCGAAAGCCAAACCUCAAAACAAAACUUCUCCUCCAAUUUAUCUUCUGGGAUGCGCUGAUAUUGGGAAUAACAGCCUCAGCAGCAGGCACAGCAGGGGGUGUAGCAUAUUUGGGUUUGAAAGGAAACAACCAUGUGGAUUGGCAUAAAAUUUGCAAUAUUUAUGACAAGUUCUGUAGGCAUAUUGGCAGCUCUGUAGCAGUGGGAGUAUUUGGAAGCAUUGUGCUUGUCUUGCUCAUUUGGAUUUCGGCUCACAGCAUUCAUAGUCGAGUACCCAAGUAGAUUGAAAGAACUUGGAUCAUUCUUCAUUCACAUAUGCACUUAUACUCAUAGUUAAAUUGUUUGUCAAGUAAUUAGUUUGCGUGUCUAAUUUAUUAAUGUGUAAAUGAUUUGUAUGUUUAUCAAUGUUGCUUUAUUGUUGUUGAUCAUUGUUUUGGUGAAUGUGUCUUUUCUACCAAAGAGAGCAUUUGUAUUUUACAUUCCAUUCCAUUAAUGUCGUAAAUGAUUUUUUGGGUUAUUUUGCUUAACACAACAAAA